AUGGACCCGACGGUCGAGAAGGGCAACGCCCAACACCUCGAACACGCAUCCGACACAUCUGAGGACCACAACAACGCAAAGGGCCUCGCUGUUGCUUUCGAAGAGGGCAAGGACUCUGGUCUGAGCGAUGCUCACCUCUGUAGCGAUGCAGAUAACAAGCGUAUCCUUAAAAAGACUGAUAUAUGGAUGCUCUCCCUACUCUGUAUGGUCUACUUCCUUCAAUCGGCAGAUAAGGGUAUCAUCGGUUUGACUGCCGUUUAUGGCCUGAAGAAAGACGCACACCUUGUCGGCAAUGACUACUCGAACAUUGGCAACAUCGGUUACUACGCACAACUUGCUGUCCAGCCCCUAGCCGCUUGGGUCCUCGUCAAGUUGCGAUACCGUCAGGUGUUACCCGUCAUCAUUACCUGCUGGGGUAUCUCUGUCGCAGGUGGUCUUGGCGGUUCGCGAAACUACGCUGGUCUUCUUGCAUCCCGUUUCUUCCUCGGAGCCUUUGAAGCUGCCGUCGUCCCCCUGUUCUCGAUGAUCACUAUUGCCUUCUACAGACGCUCUGAACAACCGUUCCGCGUUGCUUGCUGGUACAGCUGUUAUGGUUUGAGUACUUUGAUCAGCGCCCCAAUCGUUUAUGGCUUCGGUCGCAUACACUCAUCCACGCUCUACCGAUAUCAAGUGGUCUAUAUCUUCUUUGGCUUAUUGACCGCGAGUGAUUACAUAAUCAUCGGUCUGGGUACCUACUGGUGGGCCCAUGACAGCCCGGGCGAAGCCCGAUACCUCUCUCCCGAAGAUCGCCUCAAGGCCGUCGAUCGUCUGAAGGCCAAUCAGCAGGGAAUCGUCUCUCACAAGUUCAACUGGAAGCAAGUUGCAGAGGCCUUUACUGAGCUGAAGUACUGGUUUUACAUGAUCAUGGUUAUCGCUGUCAACGCAGGUGCCUCCGUCUCGUCGGUCUUCGGCUCGAUCAUCCUGCAAAACCUGGCCGGCUUUACCCCUGACCAGGCUGUCCUCCUCAACAUGCCAUUUGGUGCCCUUCAAUUCGUCUCCAUCCUUGGUGCAUCCUAUCUCGCCUACCGGUUCAAGCGCAAGUCGCCGUUCCUCCUGGGUCUAGUGACCAUCGUCAUUGUGGGAGUCUCCCUGAUGGUCGCCCUUCCUAAGACCAAGAACAACAAGGGCGGUCUCCUAGCUGGAUACUACCUCAUUGCCUUUGUAUACGCCAUUAACCCUCUCCUCAUCUCAUGGAUGGGUGGAAACUGUGCUGGACAGACGAAGAAGGCUAUCUACUACACCAGCUUCAACGCCGGAAAUGCUCUCGGAAACAUCAUCACCCCUUACAUCUUCGACUCCAAGUUCGCACCUCAAUACGUCAAUGCCCUUAAAGGUAUUCUUAUCAUCUGGUGCAUCCUUUGGGCCGUCGUCGUCCUCCAGAUCAUCAAUAUCACCUGGAUGCAGAAGAAGAAGGGCGAUCAGCGUGAAGCAGCUGGACUCCCCAGAGUCAUCGAGGAUCUGUCUAUGAGCGACAAGUUCCACGAAGCUGGUGCCGAGAUCCACGGCGAAAAUGGUCUGCAGGACAUGACUGACAGACAGAACAUCUACUUCUCGUACUUGUUGUAA